AUGCCGGCUCUGCCCGGCUCGCGGCGGCCAUCGGCCACACCUACGGCCAGCCACGACCAGCAGGACGACGACGGGUACGACGACGAGUAUGACUACGAGUAUGGAUACUACGAUGGGGCUGGCGGGCACGACGACGACGACGGCGACGACGACGGCGGGCGGAGCGAUGGAGGCGGCGAUGAGAACGAGGCUGCCGCGGUGCUGCAGGCCGCGUGGCGCGGGCGGGCCGCCCGGGUUCAGGCCAAGCGCGAGCGGGCGGCGGCGACGACGCUGCAGGGCGUGUGGCGCGGGCAUGCCGAACGCCGCUCCCGCGACCGGGCGCUGCCGGGCUUUGAGCUCCGGCGCGCCGCGGAGCGCCACCUGCCCGAGGCCGAGCUGCGGAAGGCCAUUGUGGCUUCGGCCCGCUUCGGCAUCGACGCGCCCGACAGCAGCGGCAAUACAGCGUUGCAUCUUGCGGCUCGCGGGCUCGGAUGCACACCGCAGGCACCGCUGACACACACGUUGGACGUGCUGGUCGAGUCGGGUGCGUCAGCAACCGCCGUCAACGCUCUUGGCCGCACCCCUCUCCACACGGCCGCCGCCGCCGGCUACGCCCAGGGUGUGGCAUGGCUGGUCAAGCAUCUUCCGGCCGUCGACCUUGGUCUUGGACUGCGCGACAACAUCGGGUUGACGCCGCUGCUGGCGGCGGCUGCUGCUGGCGCGGACGCCGCCGUCAUCGACCUUGCCGUGGCCGGUGCCGACUCGGCAGCCGCCGACGGUGUCGUCUUUGACGUCCCGCCGCGGUGGGGUGCUCCACGAUCGGCAGCCGCACCCACGGCACUCUCUGUCGAGCCACUUUGGUUGGCAGCCUGCUCGGGCUCGGUCCGCGCGUGCAAAUUCUUCAUGGACUCGAGGGCGAAUCCGGACGCUCGCGGCCCUCUGGGGCUUACGCCACUCGCCGCCGCCGCCGCGCACGGCCACGCCCAGGUUGUCGACACCAUGCUUGAGCUGGGCGCCGAUCCUGAGGUCCGUGACGACGCUGGGCUCGCGCCGCUUGACUGGGCUGUCGUUGCCGCCGCACCGGGCGUCGUGUCUGCCCUCUCACUUGCGGGCGCCGAGCUGGACUUUCCCAUUGUCGCCGCCGACCCGGCCCGCGGCUGGACGCCGCUCAUGGUUGCAGCGUACCAGGCGCACUGGGGCGGCGAUGCGCUCAAGGUCCUCGCCACUCUGAUCGAAGAAGGUGCUGAUCCGAGCGUGACUGUUCAGCUGCCAACUGGGACAGUCGGUGCGCUCGACGUCGCGUCGUCGCGUGCAGCGUAUGACAUGCUUGCCCGCGCCUCGCCGGCCGAAGUUCUUGAGUGGGAUGCCCGCAAGCCCGGGCCUGCGAUCAAUCUCCCACUCCCACCGCCGCUUCCGCGAUUGGCGCAAGCCACCUCCGAACAACUAGCGGGCGGCGUCUCGACUCCACCUGAAGCUCACCACGAGGACGUUCACGGCCUGGAUCUGGAUGUGAAACUCGACUCCCUUGACGGCUACGAGUACGAGUACGAGGAUGACGAGGCGCCGCGGGACGCGGCGGCGGCGGCCGAGGCGCCGAUGGGCAAUACGCUUGACGCCAUCUUUGCCGAGCACGCCAUGCAGUCGGCCGACGUUGACGAGCUCUCCGUGCUCAUGGCCGAGCGUCGUGGCACGCACGCGGUCGAGCGGUCGCCGAGCUCCAAGGUGUACGACACGUCGACGCGCCAAGAGGCGUCAUACGUGGAGAUCAUCGACCUUGAUCGCGAGCAGGAGGGCGGCGACGAGCUCGUCAUAGGCGGCUCACCACCGCCGGUCUCACCUGGCCCACAGCGGCCGCGGGAGCGGGCGGAGAUGACUCCCCACCUGCGGUCGAGGGCGCGGCGGCGGUCGUCGUCGGGUGCACCAACCACCAUCAACAUCGACGUGUCCAUGGCCGACAGAGGCCAAGAGGCGGGUGCAACACCGAGCCCACAGUUUCGCGAACUGCAGCGGCACAAGUUGCAGCAACUUAAUGACGCGAAGCAUCGCGAAGAGGCUAGCGGGCUCGCCGUGGCACGCGGACCGCGGCGGACCAACUCGCGCAGGCGGGCAGACCUGGAGACCCGGUCGAUGGUGUCGGAUGCACCGGCAGUGGUUGAGCUCCGGGCGCAGCUGUGUGAGCGCGACAAGCAGAUCGCGUCACUCUCCCGCCAGCUUGCGGUCCUCGAGCGACAACUCGACGACUCGGGCAAAACAUCGGACACGCUGCAGUGGGACCUGGAGCUUGCCGAGCAGGCGACUGCGAUGAACCUUGCUGCGGCGCAGGACGAGACGCCACCGGGCAACGAUCCGGCUUAUUCACGUUGGGAGGCACGGAUGGAGCGCGAAAUGCGUGAGCUGCGCGAGCAGAAUAAGCUGCUCCUGAAGUCUGUCACCGAGCUCAUUGCCUCGAACUCGCGUGCGCACGCCGCCCUCUCGGAUCUCUCGUCGUCGCAGCCGUCGCUGCACCGGUCUCAACCGAUAUUUUCUUCGCGGACUGCGCCGGUGACGAUUGUCCGCGGACGCGGACGCGGACGCGGGCGUGGGCGCUGGCGCGGGCGCGGACGCGGGCGUGGCAGUCCGCCUCGAGGCAGUCCGCCGCGAGGCGGCCGCAUGAGCGCCAGCGUUUCCCCGACCAAGACCUCACCGGGCUCGCGGAUCGCGCACCUCAAGUCUGUUCCACAGGGCUUCAUGUCGGCCACCGACGUCGAGCUCCACGCGUCGAUGACUGCCGGCGGCUCGUCGGCGGCGUCGGAGCGGCGACGAGUGCUCAACCACCUUCGAUCGCCCGAGGCGAAGCGGCUGCGGCGCGAGCUCGAGCUGGCCAAGCUUGAGCGACCCAAGCGUGGCCGAUCUGGCCGUGCGCGUCGUCGUCGCUGAGCCAAUGGCGGACGCCGCCACUGCCCCCCGGACUUCAUGCUUCUGUAUCUAUCGCUCCGGAUGAGACAGCAUCCUCCUUGGGCGUAAACAGCAGGCCGACUGAC